AAAAUAUGCAGCACGCAUGACUUGACCCUUCAAUGGUUGAUUUGGAUUAAGUAGCAAGAUAUUAUCUUUCUUGUGUGCAAAUUCUUAGUGGAGCCAUGGAUACCAAAACCAACCCAAUGUUGGUGUUUAUAGUUGUUUUAUUGUGCCUAUUUCUCGAGUCCCGUAUCUCCUUUGCAGCUGACACCAUCACUGCAAACCAAUCUCUCUCCGGUGACCAGACAAUCGUCUCCGGGUUUUUUGAACUGGGGUUCUUCGAAUUAGAUGGCCGCCACUACAUAGGUACCUGGUGUUCCUACCGAGUGGCAUCUGCGAGUACCAUAGUUUGGGUAAUUAAUGUGUUAUUUCCACUCUCUACUCUCAAUAUUCUCUAUGUUUUAGCAUUUUCAUCAGUGUUGAAUAUCUCAGAUGGCAAUUUAGUUCUCUUUAAUGAGGCCAAAACUCCAGUUUGGUCCACACAUUUGACCUCCACCACCACCUCUGCUUCUGUGCAAGCAGUUCUUUUAGAUAGUGGAAAUCUUGUCUUAAGAGCUCAUUCUAGUUCAUCUGAGCUUUUAUGGCAAAGCUUUGAUCAUCCAACCCAUACAUGGCUAUCAGGAGCCAAGUUUGGAUUCAACAAUAUUACCAAUCAAACCCAAAUUCUCACUUCAUGGAAGAACUCACGGGAUCCUGCACCAGGUCUUUACUCUUAUAAGCUAGACCGAAGCAAUUCAUAUAUCUUACUGUGGAAUAGGUCUAAACAGUAUUGGACCAGUGGAUCUUGGAAUGCAAGUUCAAAUUUUUUCAGCUUGGUUCCUUAUAUGAGGCGUAAUUACGUCUUCAACUACAGCUUUGUUUCAAAUGAAAACGGAAGUUAUUUCACCUAUUCGCUUUAUGAUCCUAAGAAAGUAUCUCCAUUCAUGAUCUCAGCAUCGGGGCAGAUUCAGCAACUAAAUUGGGUUUCGCCUUCCAGGCCACCGACAGUGUUUGGGUGGGAACCAAGACAGCAAUGUGCAGUUUAUGCUAUUUGCGGGGCAUUCGGGAGCUGCAAUGAAAAAUCCGGGGUCUUGUGUAAUUGUUUGAUGGGUUUUGAGCAGAAGUCGCCACGGGAUUGGGCUUUGCAGGAUUACUCUGGUGGGUGUCAAAGAAAAACCAAUUUGCAGUGUGGGAAUUCAACUAGUGUUAUUGGGACGAAAGACCAGUUUCUAGAAAUGCAUAGCAUGUCAAUGCCUGAAAAUGAACUGCAUGUUAAGGUUGGGAGUGCUAAGAAAUGUGAAUCAAUCUGCUUAAAUAACUGCGCUUGCACUGCUUAUGCUUAUGAAAGCAGUACCGCAUGUUCAAUUUGGAUUGGAGAUCUCCUGGGUGUGCAAGAACUUGCGGCAGAUGACGCUGGUGGAAGAACUUUAUACAUCAGACUUGCAGCUUCUGAGCUUAUGUAUCUUAAAAAUGGCAAGGGUGAUGCGGAUAAGCGCUUCCUUAUAAUUGCAAUGGUCUCAGCAGCAGCACAGUUGCUUACGAUAAUUUUUUGCUAUUUCCUAUGGAAGAAAAGAUUGGGGAAGCGAAGGACGCAGAGGAGGAAGUAUGGUGUGACUAAAGUAAAUUAUGGUGCUGGAGGUGGAAAGAAUGACACAGAACUACCACUCUUCGGUUUAAAGAGUAUAUUAAAUGCAACAAACAACUUCUCUGAAGCUAAUAAACUGGGAGAGGGAGGAUUUGGCCCUGUUUAUAAGGGGAUUUUGCCUGAAAAUCAAGAAGUAGCCAUAAAAAGACUGUCAAAGAAAUCAGGGCAAGGACAUGAGGAGUUCAUAAAUGAGUUAAAUCUUAUAGCCAAGCUCCAGCAUACCAAUCUUGUUAGGCUCUUAGGUUGCUGUAUUGAGGAGGAGGAACUGAUCUUGAUCUAUGAGUUCAUGCCCAAUCGAAGUUUGGACAAACUUUUGUUUGAUCCAUCUGAAAAUACAGAAUUAGAUUGGGGAAAACGCUUUCGAAUUAUAGAGGGUAUUGCUCAGGGAGUACUUUAUAUCCACAAGUACGCUAGAUUAAAAAUCAUUCACAGGGACCUGAAAGCAAGUAAUGUUCUGUUGGAUGGAGCAAUGAACCCCAAAAUUUCAGACUUCGGAAUGGCUAAAAUUUUGGAGAUAAACCAGAGUGAAGCAAAUACCAACAGGGUUGUUGGCACAUUCGGAUACAUGUCACCAGAGUAUGCAAGAUAUGGCCAUUUCUCUGAGAAACUAGAUGUGUUUAGUUUUGGAGUGUUGUUGUUGGAGAUUGUAAGUGGAAAGAGGAAUGCUGCUUUUUAUCGCUUUGAACAUUCACCAACACUUGCUGGAUGGGCAUGGGAAUUGUGGAAAGAAGGUAGAGGAAUGGAGGUGAUUGAUGCAUCAGUAAGGGAAACGUGCCCCCCUGAUGAAGCUUUGAAGUGUAUCCAUGUAGGGUUUUUGUGUGUUCAAGAAGCUCCAGCUGAUCGACCAACAAUGGCUUCUGUAAUUCGUAUGUUGAGCAAUGAAGCCACAUCACUUCCACCCUCCAAGGAACCUGCCUUUUCAACUAACAGGAAUUCCGUACCUGUUGUUGGUUCUUCUCAAUUACCUGCCGUUUUUUCCAACAAUGGAGUCACCAUCAGUUUGCCAGCAGGUCGAUAGAGGUUCCAAUAUUUGUUUCCGUCCCUCAACACAUUUAAUGUUAGGUAUAUAAGCUAAAAAGCAAAACGUUGUGACAAUUGCAAGAACUCAGCAAUACUAUUUUUGUUUAUAUAUAUAUAGUCCCCUUCCAUU